AAAAAAAAAAAAUUUGUAAACAAAUAUUAAUCCUUUAUUUUGUUUGUUUACCAACUAUUUCACAAAUAACUUAAACUUAUGUAAAAUUUUAAUGACUUAUAUUUAACAAACGUUAACAUAUUAAAUUGAAUUUAAUCAUGGUCAAUCAGGAAGUACUUCGAGACUACUCAAGUUCAAUCAAAAACUUAAAAAGGGAAGCCGCUAACGCUGGUAUUAGUGAAGAAGAUUUCAAGAAAUUGUAUUUUGAAUCUCUCAAAACACUAGAAAAAAGUGAACGUCCCAGUUCAUUGACAAUUGUUAGAAACAAUAAACUUAAAAUAAUUAGCGUACUACUUUUGGUAUUUGCUUUAUUCAACUUCAAAUAUGUGUAUAGCAGUUUUGUGUGCAACUUACAAGAAUACAUAUAUCCAGGACUAAGGUUACUGAGAAAGAUCUCAAUACCAUUUAUUUCUUUGUUCCCUGCUUUAUCAGAAUACUACUAUGAAACUUGUUUAGUACAAAACCCAUUCUUCACUGUUGUCGAUAUGGAUUGUUGGCCAUGUAGUUCUAUCACUAAUAUUCAAGAGAUCUUUGAUCCAAAACCAGUCACUAAUCAGCACAUUGCUCCAUUUGUUUACCAGACUAGUCAAGAAAGAAUUUCAAUAAGUCUGCUUAAAAGUCUCUAUGAAAAAAAUAAAGAUAUUUUUGCUAAUGCAUCUCCAAAGAUUUUAUUAAAUAACAAGUUCUAUAUACAACCAGAAGAUAUGUUUGAUCUACAUGCAAAAGGGGAAAAAAAUAUUUAUGUGUGGAAAUUCAAUCGGAUGAAUGAAGCAAAAGUGUUACGACAACUUAUACCCCGACCGACAGUAGUACCAAAAUUUGGACAGAGCAUAGAGAGAUAUUUAAUAAUACAUACUAAUCAAGACUCAUAUAAAUUACCAGAUACUGAAUGUAAUUUCUCAUUCGUACUAUCAUUGAGUGGUGCAAGGACACUCUAUUUAAUACCAGCUGAAGAAUGCAAACAUCAAUGCAGGCAUUUGUCAAUUGAUUUAAAAGAAGGUUAUUUACUAUGGUACAAUUGGUGGUACUGGAGACCAAAAAUACAACCUACAGUUGACAAUACUACUUUCAUUGGCCAUAUAGGCUCAUAUUGCUAAUAAUAACAUUAAUGACUAAACCAAACCAACAUUUUGUGGAAUGUAAAGCAUGGCAAUACAUAAAUAAAAUAAAUAUCUUAGUCAAACUUUUCUCGAAGUUUGUCUUUUAAGAAUACUGGAAUCAAGGAAACUAGUGCAAAAACGCUGAGUACUGUUAUAGAUGUCCAUGACCAAGCAUCACUUGUAGAUGUCAGAGUAUGUAAGGUUUGUCCUGCUUGAAUUGCUACAAAUGAUGGUGGAGCCACACCUGUAAUUGAUUAGAAGCAAUUAGUGAACUACUGUAGUAGUAUUAUGAUUAAAAUAAUAUUUAAAAUAAUUCAUACCAAUAAAUGUUCCUAAUGCAAACGGCACCAAAGGCACCCCAAUCACUGGAGCAGACAUAUUUAUAAACCAGUUAGGCAAAAAAGGUGUGACUCUUAAAAAGACAAUAUAAUUGAGCAAAUUGUCCUUGUGUUUUGCCACUGCCUUUGACCACUCUGCUGCUCUUUCUGGGAAGAAUUUUCUAACAAGCUUCUUUCCAAGAAGAUUUGACAAGAAGAAACAUAGACUUGCACCAAUUGCCGAACAGCAACAAACUAAUACCAGUGCGAAAUAAAAAGGAAAAAGAAACCCUGAAAGUAUACUUAAAAAUAUAGAUCCAGGUAUUGCAAAUGUUUGCAAACUGACUGUUGCUAAGGACAUUAUUAAGAAGUGCAUUGAGUUGUUGUUACGUUCAUAUUAAUUUGAAAUGAGGUAUUUUACAUGAAAAUCCAUUCAAAAAUAUUUUUAAUAGAAAGCUUUUUGGUACUUUUUACAUUGCCAUCUAUAUCCAUAUUUUGAUUUGCGUACAUUUUCAAAGGAUACAAUAUAUAAACUAAAAAUACUCCAAAUAAUACUUCAUAAAAAUAUCUGUCUUUGUAUCUAUCCAGUACAAGACCCAACUGUUUAGCAUCCUCUAAGUCCCAUGGUAAAUGUAAAUGCUGUCGCUCAUGUCUGUAAGGAAAAAAGUUGUCAUUUUACUCACAUUAGCUUUAAUGUCACAUGUUACUGUAAACUUCUACUCUAACAAAAAUAAUAAACCAUUCUGUUACAGUAUUGUGUUUAUUAUGAAGCCUUUUGAGGACAGGGCUCAACAUUAAAGGUCUGAUAUAUGGUUGGAUUCCCAUGAAUUGAAGUUUAGACUGAACAUGUGAAUUGUAAUUAGUUAUCAUUUGUUAUAUAAACAAAUUAUUAUAUUAUAUAUAUAUAUUAUAUAAACAAAUCUGAACAUAUCAGAUUUGUUUAUAUAAUAUAACUGGCUGUUACCUGUGACUUCAUCUGUAUGAUGAAGGAAUUGUUUCCCUUGGAAAUAAGUUUUUUUUUUGGGAAAUAAGUUAUAAACCUACAUCUCUCCAGGCCAAUACUGAAUUAGUGAUAGUCAAUGUCUGUCAAUUCAUUAGAACAAAAAAAUACAUUCUUACUUUUAUAAUACUAAAUAAUUAGUCUUGCAAUAUUUAAUCAUGCAAAUGUGUAUUUAAGCUAUUCUUAUAAAAGAAAAUUCAACAUUAUCCUCAUGUUGAGAGAUAUAAUAUAACAAUGUAAAUAUAUUAUAAAUAAUUAUGAGAUGCAAAUUAUCAUAAUUGUAAUAUGUUUGUACUCUGCUUGGCAUGUAAAUAGAUAUUUUAGCCUUCUAGGACUACUUAUAUCUACAUAUUGUAAUUAACUUAUGGUAGAUUCUGUGAAGCACUGUUCUUGCUAGGGCUAGUGUUAGCAAAUUAUUUCAGAUUGAACCUGUGCGUUCUAUCCAUGUGUAACUGGAAUAUGCCCUUAGGCUACCAGCAAAUAGAUAGGGAAUAAAAAAAGAAUAAAAAUAAACAUGAUAUGACAAAAAAGUACUGCUAUUUAACAUUUGAUUGUGAAAAUAAUUAAAAAAAAUACCUCAAUGUUGCUUUAAUAAAAUUAUUAAUAGUGUAACCAGUUUAGAAAAAAAAAUGAUACAUUAGAUUUAUCAACAACAUCUAGAUGAAUAAUAUCAAUGUUAGAAUUCAUUUUUAAAAUAAAUAUUUUUAAACUAAAUAAACAAAUAAAUUGAA